AUGAACCCAACUCCCAUCGGCAUGUCGGUCCGUACAGCAAUGACCCUCAGCCGCCUGAACCCCAGCGCACCCUCGCUGGCCGGCGCCCUCCGCUCCCUCAACCAACGCACCGGCACAACCUCCAAGCAGCUCACACGCCUCAGCUCGACAACAGCUCGCCCAGCCACAGCGGCCCCCAUGAUCCUGGACACCCGCCCACAGACCCAGGCCGUUCCCACUGGGCCCAUUGGCCUGCGCGCACAGUCGACUGCUGCCGCUAACGACAACGCUACCGGCAACGAGGAAGUCAAGCUCGACUGGAACUCCUUCUUCAAGCUUCGCGCUUCUCGUCGCCGCUAUUCUCUUGCUUCGUCUGUUGCUUCCGCAGCUGUCUCUACUACGGCUGGUGUGCAGAUUCUUUCGUCUCAGGAUCUGGAGUCCCUUGGCGCGCAGGUUAUGGGUCUUGACCCGUUCGUUGUUCUUGGUUUGGCUACUGCUGGAUGUGGUGCUAUCGGUUGGUUGCUUGGGCCUAUGGUUGGCAAUGGUCUCUGGGGAUUGGUAUACAGGAAAUACAAGCCUUCUGUUGCGACGAAAGAGAAAGAGUUCUUCGAUCGCAUUCGUCGGUUCCGUGUUGAUCCCUCGACCAACUCGAUUGCCAACCCUGUUCCCGAUUACUACGGAGAGAAGAUUGGCAGCGUGCAGGGAUAUCGCCAGUGGUUGAAGGACCAGCGGGCUUACAACCGCAAGCGCCGUAACUUCAUUGCUUGA